AUGGCAGGGGGAAUCUUCUCCAAUUUGGAUAACCUUUGUAAUGUGGAUUGUACAAAUGUCCAUCCCCUGGUUUGUCACCUGUGCCAUGAGCAGUACCAGCACCCAUGUCUCUUGGACUGCUACCACAUUUUCUGUGCCCGCUGCCUACGUGGCCGGACCAAUGAGAGCCGUCUCAGUUGCCCCCUCUGUGGUUACCCAUCCAUAGUAAAAGGGACGAACGCCCUCCCACCAGAGGACCGUUUGCUGAAGUUUCUGGUGGAUAGCAAUGCUGACACAGAGGAGACGGUCCAAUGUGCCAACUGUGACCAAGAAAGUACUAAAAAGGAUAUGGGUAUGAUGUAUUACUGUAACACCUGUGGCCAGCCACUGUGUGCAGCCUGCAGGGAGUUAACACACAUGGCCAGAAUGUUUGCCCACCAUGACAUUGUAUCUCUGGCCAAACGCACCAAAGCCAGACAUAGGAAGUGCUCUCUCCAUGAGGAGCCCUACAUCCUAUUCUCCACAGAGAAGAAGUCCAUGCUUUGCAUCAAGUGCUUCAGAGACAUGCAAGUGGAGAGCAGAACACACUGUAUUGAUAUUGAGACAGCUUACAUACAAGGAUGUGAGAUGUUGGACCAGGCAGUCUUGGCAGUGAAGGAGCUGCAGACUUCCACUCGGGAGGCCAUCGUUCUGUUGAGGUCUAUGAUAGGAGAAGUGUGUCUAAACAUGGAGGAAGAGGAGAGUGCAAUCUGCACCCUUUUCAACAGCUUGCAGGAGAAGCUGGCUGAGAGGAAGAAGAUUCUGCUGAAAGUAGCUCAGAGUCAACACGAGGAGAAGGAGAAAGCUCUAAAGGAACAGCUCUCACACCUUGCUGCUCUCCUACCAACCCUUCAGGUUCACCUCGUCACCUGCUCUGCCUUCCUCAGCUCGGCCAACAAGUUUGAGUUUUUGGACAUGGGCUACCAGCUUAUGGAGAGGCUGAAGAGGAUUGUAAAACUCCCUCAUCGACUGAGGCCGGUACAGAGCAGCAAAAUCAACACUGAUUUCCGGAGCGAGUUUGCACGGUGCCUUGAACCCCUGCUGCUUCUGGGACAGCGCUGCCCACCCUCUGCCGGUGGGUCCACGAGUGUCACAACCCGCACAGAGGCUGGAUGUCCCAAUAAUUUGUUUUUCCCUAACUUCAGGCUUCCAUCCCCUCUCUCCAUGUCGUGCCGUUCCCCAUCCUUUACUGAUAUGCCUUUGGGCUCUACUCUGGGGCGAAGGCCGACCGCCCACCGCUACAUCUGUACCAAGGUCCUCCUGGCUGAAGGAGGGGAAACACCUUUCACAGAGCACUGCCGCAACUAUGAGAAUACUUACAGGACUCUCCAGACUGAUAUUCAGAGUCUAAAGGAUCAGGUACAGGAGCUGCACCGAGACCUGACCAAGCAUCACUCCAUCAUCAACACAAACACCAUGGAAGAAAUCCUCGACAGAUCUGUGCACAUCGAUAGCCAGAUAGCUGCCCAGUACUCUGCUGUUGAAACCACGAGGGUGAUAUUUGAGGAGAUCUGGGAUGAGACGUUCCAGAGGGUCACGAAUGAGCAGGAGAUCUACGAAGCCCAGCUCCAUGAUCUAUUGCAGCUGAAGCAGGAGAACUCCUACCUGACCACUAUCACCAGACAGAUCAGUCCUUAUAUUCACUCAAUCGCCAAGGUCAAAGAGAGACUGGAGCCCAGGCUUCAAGAGCCUAAGGGCCACCAUGAUGACCGCACAGAGACAAUGCUGCAAAUAUAUGAAGACAGCACUAUGACCAAAGACAAUCAAGACAGCCCUGUGAUGGUCUGGCGGCCUGUCCAGUGUGUCUCCCCGCCUGCAGCCCAAUGACUGCUGGGAUAGGCUCCAGCAUCCCGCAACCUGACUUCGGAUAAGCAGUUUGGCU